GUGAUAGGCCUACUAUGCCACCCGGUGUGAGUGUGAACGGCUUGUAAUGGCUCAUCACACUCACACCUGGUGGCAUAAUAUCACCCCUUUAAUUUAUUAUGAUAGACUAGCGGUGAAGCGUCUUUAGAAAAACAUGGAUGGAAAAGACAGAGUAUAUGGGUGCAGUUUUAGUACUUUGGCCGCUAGGCGGAGGUAUUGCACCGUCUCUAGGGGUAGGCCUACUCGUUAAUUCAAGGUCUACUGGAACACUGACUCCAAUAGCAUCCAGAUGUAGGCCUACUUUUGUUGCAACUACGUAAAAAAAAUGUAUACAGUAGGUUCUUAAAAUAUAGUCAUAGCAGGCACACGCAGUAACGUAGGUAACGGCCUGUCAGCUCGUUACUUUAUAUGAGAAGGUAUGGUCUUCCAGCUAGUUGCUUUCAGCUCGUUACACUCUGAAUUUGAAGUUCGUAUUACUUUUCAGUGUCUGGCGAAGGGGGGGACACUCUGGGGACGGUGUCUGAAGAUCUCCAUCACUUAGGAUGGCUCAGCACACUCCGAGCAGCGGGACCCCAGGACGCGACGUGGAGAUGGAGGUGGAGGGGGAGGAGGAGUCAAGGGGUCCGUCCGUCCAGCCGCUGGACAACCCAGACCGGGAGGAGGAGGAGGGGGAGAGCCAGGAGACCGGCCCGGAGAGAGGCAGGGGGUCCGGGGCAGAGGAAGAGGAGGACUGGGACACGGAUCUAGAGAGCCAUGACACCAGUGAAGACUUGGCGUUGCCCCCCAGGGAGCUCUACCUCCGGGCCUGUCGUCUGACCGGAGCGUCGCCCGUCUCCUGCUUCCUCCAUCACUCGGGCAAGGGACCCCUCGCCCUCAACCACCGUGGGCUGGGGCCACAGGGGGCCAAGGCCCUGGCCAUCGCUCUAGUGAGCAACGUGGACAUCACUAACGUGGAGAUGGAAGACAACUCGCUGGGGGCGGCAGGGACACGCUACAUCACAGACCUGCUCAGAACAAACUCCUGCAUCCAGAGUCUGAACCUGUCCCACAAUGCUCUUGGGCCAGCAGGAGCCAGAAGCAUCUGCCGGAUGUUGAUGGAGAACAUCUCCUUGAAGUCUCUCCAACUCUCAGGAAACAAAUUCACUGACUCAGACGCAAAAUCCUUUGCAGAUGCUUUGGAGUGGAACAUUGUGCUGAGGGAGCUGGAUCUCAGUCACAACAGCUUCGGUGUGUGUGGAGGACAACUCCUGGGACAGAUGUUAGAGACCAACUCGGGCCUGGAGCUGCUCAACCUGAGCUGGAAUCACCUGUGGCUGGGCGGGGCUGUGUCUGUGUGUGCGGCACUCAGGGGCAACACUGCCCUGAAGCACCUGGACCUGUCCUGGAACAGCCUGGGCCGGGGCGGGGCGGGGGCGCUGGGCGACGCGCUGAGGCACAACAGCAGCCUGCUGCGGCUGGACCUCCGGAGCAACCGGCUGGACGACGCGGCGCUGGCCCUGCUGGGCCCGGGCCUGGCCGCCAACACCAGCCUGCAGGGACUCCGGCUCUCCCAGAACCCUCUGAGUGCCGACGGAGUCCUGGUGCUGCUGAGGACGGUGAGGAGCAACGCCCAGUCCGCCCUGGAGGACAUCGACCUCACGACCAUAUGGGUGAACCCGGCGUGUGUGGAGCUGCUGGCUAAAGCGGUCGGUGACGGGUCCCCUCUGAAGGCCCACUACGGGGGGGUCCUGGGUUCCUAUAGCAACAGGAGGAGCAAGGAGACAUCCACCUCCCUCAAUGACCAGUCCACUCCGUGAGCUGCGGAGGAGCCUUCCUGGUGCCCUUGCAUGACGCGGAUCGACGACGCGGGGAAAACCCUUUGAAUAAAAAGCCUGACCGAGCGUAACGUCGAAUGCUCGUAUUCAUUCGUCUCACCCGAAAAACGAACAACGCUGACACCGACACUUCUCGGCAAGCAUCACACAACACGCAUCACGCACACCACACAACACACACAACACACACCACACACAACACACACCACGCAUCACACACCACCUGAGGUCUGGCGUGGCGCCAAUGGCUAUGAGACUUCAACAACCUCAAAACCACGCUCAAGGAAACAACACGCCGAUACGACCAGGUCACGUGACACGGCGACGGCUCGAUCGGAAACAACAUCCCAUAAUAACGACAGAAGCCGUUUCCUGUGACGCCACCGACCGCUCGCCUUAACCGCCGCCAGCGGCGCGCUUCGCUUUAUCCCCAACGCCGCGACCUUUGACCCCCACCCUGGCACACUCGCUGCACCUGCGUCAGUGUCAGCGCACCUGGAUUUGGGGGGGGGGCAUCCCGGGUCCUUUUCUCUCCGUCUAAAAUUAAUCUUGUGGUAUGACAACGGGAGCGAGGGGAAGAAAAGGAGAGCCCGGCUCCCAUAUCAAAGGGAGGGGAGGAAGAAUGGGGCCAGAUGCAGAGCCUGUCCCACGUAGGGCUCUGGAUUCAUCUGCAAAGGGGAACAAAUGGUGUGUGAAUAUGCAUGCGUACCCCCCCGGACACAUCCCCCCCCCCCCCCCCCCCAUCACUUAUGCAACCACCGGACCCGGUCUCAAACACAAAGCGCAUGACGUGAGUCAAUGUACGCGUCUCGCUGUUGGGUAUGUUGGGGAGAGAGUCCAUUUUGUUUUUGGUUGGAGUUCUGUGGCUCAGGAAUGUGUUCAGGAGAUGAAAAGGUUCGAGCACGGAAAUGAAACGAUCGAAAAUCGAUCGAGUCAGAGUCGAGAUGGAUUAUAAAGGCGAUGGCAGGUUCUCCGCAGGUUAACGGUGUGUCCAAAAGUUGCUCUCUUAUUUAAAAGUUCAAUCGUUAAGUUAUUAGGAAGAUUUGGAUAGGCUCAGAAUACGAUUCAUGUACCCAACGUUCAGAAAUAGAUAUAACAUCCCAUAAGCUCCAUCAAUGGCCUGAACUAGAUCAUAUUUCUCUUUUAUUAAAGAUAAGAAAUCAUUAUAAUUUCACAUUAAGAUAUAAAAACAAUUUUGAAAAUAUUGGCUUCUUGAUAUCUAAGUACAUCAGUACACAUAAGUACAUUCUAGUCACGUCCACCAUUACUAGUUGACAUCAAUACUAUUAGUGCCAUUGUACUUCAUAAAAUGGCUCAUUGGUUAAUUGAUCUAGCUUUAGCCCCUUUAUAUGACGAGAACACGUUUCUGAAGCUCAGGUUAUAGAGGUGCAGACAGAACGGUUUAACUCGCACACAAUGAUGGCUUCAAAACACAUAGGCCAACAUUGCUUUUACUCUUCAUUCUUGAAGAUAUUACUAAUAAGAACUUUAAAUAUCAUAAAAAAAUAAAUAAUUCAGUAGCAUUGUGCUGCUUUAGCUGACACAAUGGUGUAGACACUGAGGGGUUAAGUGCACAAGCUUAAUCGAACUUGAGAGAUCACCAAAACCCCUGUUCCCAAUCAACAAAGCCCAUGUUCCCUUGAUUCUAUAUUUUCCCAACAAAAAUCUGAAAUGAAUUAAAGAUGUUCCAGCGUGGUGCUCUCCAGCACACAGUCAAUUUGUUUAUGGGACAGUCAUGCAAGGAUUCCAGUUCAAAGGACAGGCCCGGGGGGGCACUCUCUCUCUCGCUCUGCUUAAACAGCUCAUUCAGCUCUGCAUGGCUCCCCAGCCAAACAGCGAGGGCCAAAUGUUGACUCAAGGACCUGAUCUGACGAGGGCGUCUGACAUCAGACUGCAAUUACCCGUUGGGUCAAAAGCUGCAUUUUAUUAUUUUUAGUAGUAUAAUAAUUUUUUUUUUGUGAGCCAAUUUAUGAAUGUGUUUUGGGAUGGCUGCAAGUUUGUGAACGUGGUUCAGUCUGGUUUAUAUCUACACUAAAUACCACCCUCAAGUCCCCGAAUCACUACGAUCAGUGAUUAAAAAAAGAGAAAUAAUAGAUGGCUUAUUACUUAAGAUUACGAGUAAUAAAAAUCGACAGGGUAAACAGAAAAUAAAAUAACAGAAUAAUUUAGGUAAAUCGUGCCUCUGAUGUGGCCUAAUCAAAACCAACAGCAAGCUGCCAGUUUUUAAUGGCCAUCUUUCAUGUGAAUAGACACAAAGACUUGGACCCCCGCAUCUUAUUGAGCAGUCCCCCCCCCCCCCCCCCCCAAUUGAUCAUUCGCAAAUUUGGCUACAUUUUCCCCAACUCAAACAAAAACCUGCUCACAAACAAGGCCCUUAGAUAUCGAUGCACCCAGCGGCUGCAAAGUGCCAAUUAGCACCGUCUCCAAAAGGCUAAUGGAAUCUUGAGAGGUAAUGAAGGUAAAUAAUUUAAUUAAAAGAACGUCCGCCAUCAUUGUGCGCCGUAUUCAAGCCCAUUAGAAGCUGCAGUAUUCUCAUGCUAAUAAAACAUACGGGCCCUUUUUUUUAUUUAUUAUUAUGCAUGCGUAAUCAACCCUGUAUUUAUUUAUUUUUCUCCGCCACCUCCUCGCUGUUGUUUAGACAUUUGUGUAGGGUGCUGGCAGAGAAACAAAGACUUACAUUGCGGGGGGGACCAUUGUUGGCUCGCGAUUAUUAAAGUAAACAGAAACAUUGGGGCGGCAGCUGCAGCCACUCCAGUCCAGUGUGCCUGGAGGGGCCAGAGGAAGGGCUAAGCAACCCUCAAGACUCCCGUCAGCAACCAUCACCUCAUUGUCAGUGCUUCGAGAGCCCCAGAGCCCCAGAGCAAGGCUCGAAUCAUGGGCUUUGAAGAUCAAUCUUUGGCACGGGUUUCAACCACGAGUGCCGUCGUGAGGGAGAUACGGGAAAGAUCUUGGCACACGAUAAAAUGUUCCCGGUGAAUAUUAACCACUGAGAAUUUUCGCUGGUUUUGAUCUUGGUGCGGUCAAUGUUUAUUGGGGUUGGGUUUUUUUUUCCCAUGCUUUUUAAAAGAGGGGUGUGAUGCGCGUAAUAGAUGCUGUGUUGGGUUGGAUCAAUGUACCCCAGCGAACAGGCGAUACAUGCACAUGCGGCUAGGGUGUACAGGUGUCAUGCGUGAUUCGCCUCAGGACGGCGCUUCAGACAGGCUCCCAGGAAAAAAGGAAAACUCUUCAUCAGUGUUUUUACGUAAACCGUAGGGAUGUUUAAUGUGGUUUAAAAUGGGGCUUUUUUUUUUUUAAAUAGACACAAGCAAUUGAGUUCGCAGAGAACAAGGAAGCCCUGAUUCCCAGGCAUUGAGAGUGAACAACAAAAACACGUUGAGAAAUUGUGCGUCUUUGAAUCGAACUUGAAACACAAAACACAGCUCAUGGUAAAGACUGCACUCUGUGGUCGCUGGACACUGCAGGUUCUCUGCUGAUGAAUCGGAGGUCUUUCUACAGUUUGCUUGUACUCUUUCGAUCUUGGACAUCUCAUUUAACUUGAUUUGUCGCCAAACAAAAACAGAACGCUAAAUACUGAUAACUAUAAUCCAUUUAAAAGCGGUCUCUCUAAAGCUAGUAUGGGUCUGUAAUAACUGGGUUGUGCGUUGCCAGGUUCUAAAGAAAAGGUAUGGAGUCUAAGGGCCACCAACGAUGUUAUCCUUAUUUCCC